AUGGGAGGCAACCAGUCAUGGGUCACAGAAUUCAUCUUGGUGGGAUUCCAGCUCAGAGCAGAGAUGGAGGUGUUCCUCUUCUGGGUCUUCUCCCUGUUGUACAUCUUCAGCCUGCUGGCCAACGGCAUGAUCUUGGGACUCAUUUGCCUGGACCCGAGACUGCACACCCCCAUGUACUUCUUCCUCUCACACCUGGCUGUCCUUGACAUGUCUUAUGCUUCUAACAAUGUCCCCAAGAUGCUGGCAAACCUCAUGAACCAAAGAAGAACUAUUUCCUUUGUUCCAUGCAUAAUGCAGACAUUCCUAUACUUGGCUUUGGCUGCUACGGAGUGCUUGAUAUUGGUGGCCAUGUMCUAUGAUCGGUAUGUGGCCAUCUGUCAUCCCUUACAUUAUGCUGUCAUCAUGAGCUGGAGAGUGUGUACGGCCCUGGCUGUCACUUCCUGGUCCUGUGGAUUUAUCCUCUCCCUGGUACAUGCCGUGCUCCUCCUGAGGCUGCCCUUCUGUGGGCCUCGGGAAGUGAACCACCUGUUCUGUGAGAUCCUCUCUGUCCUCAAGCUGGCCUGUGCUGACCCCUGGAUUAACCAAGUGGUCCUCCUUGCAGCCAGUGUUUUUGUCUUAGUGGGGCCUCUGUGCUUAAUGCUGGUGUCCUACACGCGCAUCCUGCUGGCCAUCCUGAGGAUCCAGUCAGGGGAGGGCCGCAGAAAGGCCUUCUCCACCUGCUCCUCCCACCUCUGUGUGGUGGGGCUCUUCUUCGGUAUAGCCAUGGUGGUUUACAUGGUCCCAGACUCCAGUCAGCGAGAGGAGCAGGAGAAAAGGCUGUCGCUCUUUCACAGUCUCUUUAACCCAGUGCUGAAUCCCCUUAUCUACAGCCUGAGGAACUCCCAGGUGAAGGAUGCCCUCCGCAGAGCCUUGCAGAAGAGGUCCAUGUGA